UUGUACAUGUGACCGGGUCGUUUACAUUAGUUACGGUAUUACUAUUAAUUAGCAAACAAAUGCCUUUUAUUUCAACUGUUUAGGUUGACAGAAGAUUUCCCCAGUUAAUUAUAUAGUUGUGGGCGAAUCACAUUCAGGUGCUGUCUUAUGCUUCCUUAGUAUCAAUAGUUACAAACAGCAGGGAUAAAGCUAGGCCUCCUUCUUGGCUUGAGUGAGGCGACUCGGCCUUUGCCACUCACUCACCAGACUACGACUGGUCCCUGGAUUUGGGUUCCUGUGGUGGUGGGAUAGCAACAGCUAGGCCUAGCUAAUCUUCCAGAUUGGUAAUCAGCAGCAUUCAUCCCAAGGCCUGGUCAAAAGUAAAAAAGUAUUUAAAAGGUAAUAAUUAUUUUAAGUCUGAUAAAAUGGCGAAAUUUGUAGAUGAAGCUUUGGAUGGAGUGGAGUUCAAGUCAUGCUGGAAAAGGGAAAGAAACCUUCAUAAUUCAACAACGCAAACUAAGAAGGUGGAAACCGAGGAGGAAGCAUCUCAGUCUGUUUCUAAAUCAGAUGCGGAUAUCCAGACAGAGGAUACAAGUCCAGAUUUUUCAAACACCCCUGACUUUGACCCUGUGUCGCUGUUAACAUUUUUGAAACGUGUGGAGCCAGAUGUGAUUGACUACCUUGAUAAAACUCACCGAAGUCAUGCAUUCGAUGGAUUUGAUGUGUCGUCUGUUGUGGAAGAACUUGAUUUGAAUUGUAUGUUCACACUGACAGCCUGUGACCUGGUGAAGGAGCUUCAGUGUACGUCGUUAUCGUGGAAUGCUAUUGGCUCAACCAUAGCUGUUGCAUAUGGGAUGACAGAUCAUCAAGACUGGUGUGAACACAAGGGUCUGUUGUUGACCUGGAAUCUUGAGCGUCAAAAGGUUAAACAGGACAAACCAGGCACAUUCAUCGAGGUUUCAAGUUGCAUGACUACGCUAUCAUUUCAUCCCAGGUACCCUGCGUGGAUAGCUGGAGCAACUUUUAGUGGUGAUGUCAUGAUUUGGGAUCUAGGAAAAAGUGAGUCACUCAUGGCUUCCUCUAGCCUUGAUGAGGACAGCCACCGAGAGGCAGUCAGCAGCCUAGUCUGGAUUGAUCAGUAUACACGUAGCAAAACUAAAGCAAAGAUUAUGAGUGUAUGCAGUGAAGGAAAGGUAUUGAUUUGGGACUUUGUUCUGGGUAAAGAUCAGCUAAAGCUGUCUGCAGGAUGGAAGCUUUCAAUGGGGCUAAACAGGGGUCUGGGGUCUGCUGACAAGGAGCCUAGCCUAGGAGUGACGUGUUUAUCCUUCUGGCCGGAAGACCAGACAAGCAUGGUGAUAGGCAGUGAGUCUGGAGGCUUGUAUAAGUGCAAUAUGCCGGAGGAUCUCACUGAAGGUGAAGAUCUUGUAGCAAAUCUUGCGAUUACUUUUAAAUUCCAUCCACAUCAAGGGCCAGUGUACAGCACGCAUUGCUCACCGUUUCAUCACAACUUGUUUCUGUCGUGCAGCUCUGAUGCAUGUGCCAGGAUACACUCUUUACUUGAGUCUCAGCCCAUUGUGGUCUGUGAACCAGGUGAUAGCUAUUUAUUCUCAGCACGAUGGUCUCCAGUUCGUCCUCUUGUGUUUGCUGUUGGAACUGCAGAGGGCAGGCUUCUCCUGUUUGAUUUAAAGAAGAGUAAAGCUACUCCAGUUUUGAACCUAGAGAUAAAUAAGAAGGGUGUACCAGUUUACACACUGGAGUUUAAUCAUAUAAGGCAAUCAUUAUUAGCAUGUGGUGAUAGCGAGGGCACUGUUCGUGUCUGGCGGCUGAGUGAUGAGCUUUGUCAUCAAGGAUCACGAGAGGUUGAGCUUUUGCGAGAUAUGACGGCAUUGAAUCUGGACUAAUUGUCAUAAUGUCUGCGAUAAUCAAUGUUCUGUACUCAUAUUAUUAUCAUUAGUAAUUAACUAAUUUUUAGGAGAGUUUAUGUCUGCAUCUGCUUUUUCCACCUUCUUGCUGACUUUCUCAGUCUAAGGUCUUGCUUUGUGACCAUACUGGUCCAUGUAAAGGCAUGUAUAAUACAGCCAAACCUCCAAACAGAAAGUAAAAUAAAGACGAAUUUAAGAGCAACAAAAAUACAUUUAAUAGGAUCAGACCAGAAAGAAAUCAAUACAGAUUUCCUGAGGUUGGAGAAAGAAAGCAGGCAUAAACAUAAACUUUCUUAAAAAUUGCAGAAUUUUCGGCAUUUUUCCUAAAUGUAAUUAACUAAUGUUUUGAUCAAUAUGCUGUUAUAGAUACAUUAUUUGAUAUACAUUCUUUAUCAACAGCAUAAUGUGUCUCUGAAAUCGGCUGUAGGACAUAUCAUAUUAUAUCCAGUGGUGGAAUAAAGGGUGGGGGGUGGGGGGCUGCCGGCCUGGAGCCCCACUCAAUUUCUCAAAACAUUAUUUUUAAAUGGAGAUAAAAAGAAGAUUAUAUUCACAAUUUUGUAUCUGUGAGUAUCAUUUCCACCAUCUAGGCAUGCAAUAAUCAUAAAUUUUCUUAUCUCAGCCCCAACUAUUGUGGGGCUGAGGUGGCAUAGACUCUCAAACUGAACUGUGGAAGUCCCUCCCUGGCCCCUUUAUUUCAAAUACCUGGAUCCUCCACUGAUAUUAUAUUAUUUAUUCGUCAUUAAAAGUAUUUAGAAUGGCAAUGCAAACAUCAUUAAAAAAAGAGCACAUCUAAAAUUCCACGAUGGAAUUGGUGACUGGGACUCAAAAAGGGCCCCCCCUCCCAGUUUCAGAAAGUCACAAGGCCCCCGGCUCCAUUGUUAUGCCACAGUUCAUCUAAUUAACAACAUGAAUGUAUUGAAGAGCUUUGACUUUUGGAGACAUUGCUGUAGUGUUUAAUUUACAUACUUAUUUGUAUAUUUUGAAGAUGUCUUAUCUAUCGAUUAAUUUUAGUGUGAAUAAAAAUUGCACUAAAUUAUGAGGUAUAAUUGUGUUCUUUGUGGCUGGCAGCUUAAUAUUACUUAAGAUAUAUUUUUAUUAUUUAAAACUAAAUGAAACAGACCAGUACAUAUGUAGAAGACAAAUGAAUACUUUGACUUUUGGACACAUUGCUGUAAAUAUUUCAUUUACAUACUUAUUUGUAUGUUUUCAAGAUGUGUUAUCUAUUAUAAAUCGAUUCGUUUUAUAGUGUGAAUAAAAAUUGCACUAAAAA